UCAUUAUACCGUCGUCCGAAGAACAUUUUUACACAACAAUAAUAACAUUUCAAUGCGGUUUUUGAUUGUAUAUAUAUAUACGGCCGAUGCGGUUAUUUCGUUAAAACAAGAUUUUCUGUUUUCUAUUUUAUUUUUAAAAAUGUGUCCAGCUUUAAUUGCGUGCGUUUAUUAAACCAUUUCUUCAGUUGUUUGUUGUGCGUUGUCUUGUCCAGUCGAUGUAUAAUUAUUAUUGAACAACAGUUCAGUUUUUGAUCGUGGAAAAAAAUCAUUUAGCCAUGGCUAUUGGUAUCGCUUUUAUCGUUUUUCAACUGUUAACAUUUUUGGUUGUUGAUAAUGAGUGCAAGAUCAACGAAUUUUAUCGAUGGAAGCAAAUUAGCUUUGAGGGACUAGGAUUGGCAGAACACGAUGGAUCCGUAACGUUUCCGUCAGAUGAAUCAACCGAAACUACCGAAAGCCAUACCGAUCCUAAUAUAGACUUCGUAGCUUACAACAAUGUACCGAUGUCGGUCGCUCAUUAUAAAGGAAAGCUUAUUGUCACAGUGCCGAGACGAGCUCGAGGUAUUCCAUCGACGUUAAAUUACGUUGACGCUGAUCUGCCGAUUGGAAGUAGCCCGUCAUUACGACCAUACCCAGAUUUUAAAACGAAUGAACUAGAGCCUAAGCAAUUAGCUGACCAUACAAGAAUAGUUUCAGUCUAUAGAACUCGCAUAGAUGAAUGUGGUCGAUUGUGGUUUGUGUGCACAGGUGCAUUGGAAUAUGAUAAAACCAUACAAAUUCAACGGCCAUCACUCUGGGUCAUUGAUAUGAACACCGACAAAGUUGUGCAAAGAUAUGAGAUUCCCGAAAGUAUUAUUGAGCCUGGUCGCGGAAUUAUUAGUUUGAAUGUUGAUGUCGACAUGAAAACGUGUGACAAUGCUUAUGCUUACAUUUCCGAUUUCUUGACCCAAAGCUUACUCGUCUACAGCUUGAAAGAAAACCGAAUGUGGCGAUUCAAUCACGAUUAUUUGAAAUACGAUUUAGAGUUGACUAAGUAUGAAUUGGAUGGUUUCAAGUAUCAGUGGUAUGACGGUGUAUUUUCGGUUGCUUUGGGCACACGAAAUGAAGACGGAUACCGAACAGCAUAUUUCCAUCCCAUGGCGAGUAAUUCCGAAUUUUCAGUUAGCACUAAAGUACUUCAAAACGAAGAGGCAUCCAAACGCGUAAGCCAUGGAGACGAUUUUAAGAAAGUGGGAGAGCGUGGACGUUUGUCUCAGUCGGCACUACAUGAUUUCCAUCAGCGAACCGGAAUUAUAUUCUUUUCCCAAAUUGCAAGACAUGGUGUCAGCUGCUGGAAUACACACACGCCGUGCACUCCGGAAAACAACGGUCUGGUCGAUCAAAAUGCAACCACCAUAAACUAUCCAGUCGAUUUGAAUAUUGAUCACGAGGACAACAUAUGGGUAUUGACCAACACAUUGCCGAAGUUCAUCUAUGGAAAGCUUGAUACGAACGAAUUUAACUUUAGAGUUUGGCGAACUAAUGUUUUCGAAGCCAUUCGCGGAACUGUGUGUGAUUGGCAUCAAGAACACGCCUUCGGUCCUGGAAGUGGAUAUUCAGAUAAAUGGAAUGAUCAUCGACACGAUCAAGAUUGGCACGAUGGAGAAUGGCAUCACAAUAUGAAUUGGAAGGGUGGACAUGGUUACAAGCGCCAUUAAUGUAUUCUUUAAUGAAAAAUAAAAUUGAAACGCUUCGUAUUUUAAAGAA